GAGCAGCCCGCUCUGUCCUAGGCUUGCACGCAGUUGUGAACAGUCAGUUCUAGCUGUCUCUGUGUCUGGACGCUCUACUGGCAGGCGGGUGCAGACAUGACUUCUACUAACACUUUCCAGGGCCUGGAGACCUCUAGCAAGCCCAGCUCUAGGGUUCUGCAGCCGCCAGGUGGAGGAUCAAGCUGUAUAUUUGGGAAUUCAGAGGAGGUUGCUGCCCCAAGACGACAGAAUAAGAUGUCCUCUAACAUCUUCAAUGCACCUCCGGAGCCAGAUAAUGCACCAAAAAGGUCCAACCCCCCAGGUGGAAAGACCAGCGGCAUCUUCCAGGACCCCCCAGCUUCUGUGCAAUCCUCUGUACGACAUAACCCACCAGGAGGAAGAACCAGUGACAUUUUUGGCGAGGCUCAGGUGGCAGUAAGCCCUAAGGCACAUCCUAAUAAACCUAAGGAUAGCAUCUCGCUAAAGCAGGAAGCUAAAAGUAACAUUACGCCUGUGAAAGCUGAUCCACCAGUCCCUGCAGUGAAAGCUGAUACACCAGUCCCUGCGGUGAGGGCCGAUCCACCAGUCCCUGCGGUGAAAGCUGAACCACCAGUCCCUGCACCAGAAGUGAAAGCCCCAGUUGCCAAAGAAGAAAAAGUUGCAGAAAAAGUUGCAGUGCCAGACCCGGCCCUUGCAGCACAUGAACCACAUCUUGGUCCCCGGCCAAGAUGUCACAACAGAGUCCUGAACCCACCAGGGGGCAAAUCUAGUGUCACUUUCUAUUAAGUUAGUGUCACAGAAUCAGCAGGGUGACCCGGGAUUCCAGCACAGGUUAGAUAGGGGAAGUCUUGGGGGUGACGACAGAGGUCAGUGUCUUUACUCUACACAGGUCCAAGCCAAAGACCACAUGAAAAAAAUGUCACUGCACGAAACAUCAAAUCUGCGGAACUGAAAUCGUUAUUACAGAAAGAAAGGGUCUCGUCACUACUUGAUUCAGAGAAGCUGCUGCAGGCUGUCACAGACAGUUUAGUGCAGGUGAAUGGGAAUAGGGGGAGAUUUAUCACUGUGUGGCUGUGUGCAGUCAUUCCUUCUGACUUUUUUUUUUUUUUUUUUUUGCAGUGUUUUUGGCUUACUUUGCACCAAAUUUAUCAAAAAGACGCACAUACAUUUUUAUAACUAUCACUCAAAUGUAAAAUCCCCUCAGAACUUGCUGUAGGAUGUCGCGUUUCUAAGGCAAGGCUGACGGUGGUAUGAAUUUGCAUAUUUUUUUUUAUCAUAAUCAUUGAACGUUUGCGCUUUUUUUUUUUUUUUUUUUUUUUUUGCGCCUUUCUACUGCAAAGUUAGUAAUGAUUCACUGCAUUUCACAAUUAGUUUUGCAGAAAAGUAUCUAUUUUGGAAUUGCAUAAAAAAACAACUGCGCGAAAAUUUUUAUGCCAAAUAACAGUUAAAAAAAAUGUCAGGCAAUGAUAAGUCUCCGCCAUAAUCCAUGGGCAAAUCUGCCGCAGAUUCUCUUCCGAAUCCACAAUGGAUUCUUCUGCCAUAGAGAUCUAGUGUGUGAACUAAGCCUAGAGGGGCAGUGAAGGCUCAAACAGCUCCAUGUAUCCUAGCUUCCUAAAACUGAUGGCAAAAUGUCGAUUUUAGAAGUUACCAGUCACCCCUAAACGUUCCGGUUAUUAAAGAAGGGAGCACUAAAGUGUAAGUUUGUAAACCUGUGUGAUUUUCAGUUUCUAUGUCAGGAUGAACGGCACUGAUGCGUGGGAUUUUGUUGAGUGUGGUACGUUUGUUGGCGUGGCCUGCGUCUGCCACGCUGGAGCUGAAGAUUGCGGGUGCUCACAACUUUUGAAUGACUCAUUAAAGUGAAUCUUUGGGUUUGUUGUUUUCAGAGCCAGGAUUAUAUACUGAUCCGGUAUAUAUGUAUAUAUAUA